GACUAAAUAAAUGAAACGAUAUGAAAAAUGUCGUCAGGAAAAAUUAUGGUAUGUAUUGGCUUAUGAUGAAUAACAUUCUCUGCAUAAUUUUGAAGCUUGUGUGAGUGAAAAUGUGAAUUCUGCAGAAGAUAAAAAAUUUACAUAGUCAAGAGCACUGUCAAUUUUGUUUGCGCAACUGCUGUCAUUCGGUUCCAACUAUCCAACAGUCAGUCUCUUGCUUUGACAGUGUCAAGAUAUGCAGCUUUUAUUUAAAUAUGUAUUUAUUUUACCAUGGAAAUUGACAUUUCGAAGAUCUUUUUGCAAGUAGUAACGGAAAAUAUCAUUGUGUGUGCAAAGCUAAAAUACCAUUUAAUCGUGACGGAUGAAAAACUUAAAUAAUUCAUGUUAUAAAAUGGGAGCCACGGCAGAUCGCUCAUUUGGAUUUUAUUAUAACGGAUUGGAAAGAACAACAAGGCCUUCCAUCUACAGAAUGUCUCAAACCGAAGCACCCGACUGUCUUCAUACCCCUGACUACCUGUCUUGGAGAAAACUUCAGCUGUCAAGAGCCAAGCUGAAAGCGAGCAGCAAAACCUCAGCCUUACUGAGCGGUUUUGCUAUGGUAGCUAUGGUUGAAGUACAACUCAAUACCGAAUCCAAGGUUCCAGAAGCAAUGCUUAUAGCAUUUGCUAUAUGCACAACUUUACUUGUAGCCGUACACAUGUUAGCUCUCAUGAUCAGCACAUGUAUUUUACCAAAUAUUGAAGCCGUUUGUAAUUUGCACAGUAUUAAUUUAGUGAAUGAAUCACCGCAUGAAAGAUUACAUUGGUACAUAGAAACGGCUUGGGCUUUUUCUACUUUAUUGGGACUACUACUGUUUUUGUUAGAGAUUGCUAUAUUGUGCUGGGUGAAGUUUUAUGAUCUAAGUCCAGUCGCAGCUUGGUCUGCUUGCAUUGUUUUAAUCCCCGUUUUGAUAGUGUUUUUAGCCUUUGCAGUUCACUUUUAUAGAUCGCUUAUGAUACAUAAAUAUGAAGUUACAAUUUCUGGAAUUCGGGAGUUAGAAAUGUUAAAAGAACAAAUGGAACAAGGUGAUGAUGCGAGGACUAAUGGUUUAGGAUUGUUAGAACAGGUACAUAUUGUAUAGGAUCAUUUCCUUUUAUAGAUUUGAGUGAGUGUUAAAUAAUAUUUUAAUUAAAGACUUAUUUUUAUACAUACUAU